AUGGCUGCCAACCAAAGAGACGGGGUUAACAAUAAUGAUGGUCCAAAUCACAUCGCUCAGGACCAAAAUGUGCGAGCAUUAAGAGAUUAUGUGCUCCCUACUGUCACAAGAGUGCACUCGUGCAUUAGGCCGCCGACGGUUACUGCCAAUAACUUUGAGAUCAAGCCGGCGAUGAUACAAAUGGUCCAGACUUCUGUCCAGUUUGGUGGUCUCCCCAAUGAGGAUCCUAACUUGUACAUAGUGAACUUCCUUGAGCUAUGUGCAACGUUUAAGUUUAAUGGGGUGAGCGAUGAUGCAAUAAGGUUGAGAUUGUUCCCUUUUUCACUAAGGGACAGGGCAAAAAGUUGGCUUAUUUCUCUACAGGCCAACUCAAUCAAUACAUGGGAGGAACUAGCUCAGAAGUUUCUCUCAAAGUUUUUUCCUUCUGCAAAAGCUGCUAAGUUGAGGGGAGAAAUCAAUAACUUUUAUCAGAAUGAGGGAGAGUCAUUGUACGAUGCUUGGGAAAGAUUCAAAGACCUGCUCAAGAAAUGCCCUCAUCAAGGUAUAGAGAAGUGGAUGUUAGUCCACAAUUUUUAUAAUGGGCUUUGCGGUACUACUCGCACUAUAAUAGAUGCAGCAGCAGGUGGUGCUUUCAUGAGUAAAGGGGCUGAUGAGGUUGCUUCAUUGACAAAGCAGUUGCAACAAAACAGGAUCUCAGCUCAAGCCCAGUCUAUACAGAUGCAAGCAGUGUGUAAAUUAUGUGGAGGGCCUCAUUUGUAUGAACAGUGUACAACGGCUAACAUGUAUGGUAAUAUGCCAGUUAAUCAGGCUCAGGUACAGGCAGUUGGUAAUUUUCAGAGGCCUUAUCAAAACCCACUCUCCAAUACUUACAAUCCUGGGUGGAGAAAUCACCCAAAUUUCUCAUGGAGAAACAAUCAGGGCCAACAGUCACAGUUUCAAGGACCAUACCAGCAACACAUGUCACAACAGCCUAUGAAUCAAGCCUCAUCGUCACACCAGCCUAGACCGCAAGAUCAACCAGAAAAGCCUAAUGAUUUGCAAGCAACCUUACAGCAAGGGAAUUUGCCUAGUAAUACCGUGGUAAAUCCUAAAGAGAACUGUCAAGCAAUUUCGUUGAGGAAUGGUAAGCAAGUGGAGCAGCCUAGUAUACAAAAGUCAGUGGUUCAGAAUGAAGAGUUGGGUGAGAAAUCAGAUAAAAAUGCGAAUGGGGUGACUGAAGACCACCAGGGUUCAAACAAGUGUCCUCCCUUUGUUGAUAACCAGCCAGUUCAACUGCAUAUCAAUAUUCCUUUUGCUGAGGCAUUAGAGCAGAUGCCUAGGUAUGUGAAAUUUAUGAAAGAGAUUAUGUCAAAGAAAAGGAAGAUGGAAGAUUAUGAGACGGUGGCGCUCACUGAAGAGUGCAGUGCGAUAUUGCAGAGGAAGUUGCCCCAAAAGUUUAGAGAUCCGGGGAGCUUUACUAUACCGUGUACAAUUGGGAAGUUUGAAUGUAAGCAUGCUUUGUGUGAUUUGGGGGCGAGUAUAAAUCUGAUGCCUUUGUCUGUAUUAAGAAGACUUGGUUUGGGGGAGGCUAGUCCUACAACAGUCACAUUACAGUUAGCAGAUCGUUCAGUGAAACAUCCAAGGGGAAUUAUUGAAGAUGUUCUUGUGAAGGUGGAUAAGUUUAUUUUUCCUGCUGAUUUUAUCGUUCUGAAUAUGGAGGAGGAUAUGGAUGGUGAAGAAGUGGUAUUCAAUGUGUUUAAGGCGUUAAAGUUUGCAAAUGUAAAUGAUAGUUGUUUCAGAGUUGACCAGGUAGAGAAAGCGGUGGCAGAAAUCAAUCUUACAGAGGAUUCACUUCAAAAGAGUUUGACAAUUGGGGAUAUAGAUGCUGAGUUAGACAGUUAG